AUAUAAGAAACGCAGACGGUUAGAAAAACGCACUGACUACAAUAGUAAUUCUCUCUAGGUUACGGUGGAACUACUUCUGUGUUCAUUGACCAAAACACACGCAGGCUGUGACAGCGCCGCUAGGUGUAGACAGGCCGUAGCGCUCACACAGAUAGCUGCGAACAGCGACAUCACUGUGAAGUUUAGUCUUCGAGAAAAUGGCCGCUAAUUGACGACGUUGAAGGACUGAUUGUGUGAACAAGGCUUUUCAUUUGCUUUCCGGAUCUGUGAGAACGCAUUGUGAUGACGUGUGAGAGACGGACCAAGUAACCUAGGUGUCUGGCGCGGGGGUUGAACGGGGAUUGUUAGAGAGAAGUCUCGAGAAAAUGAGUGUCCCUGGAGGGAGCCCUCAGCCAAGCUACCUGCUGGCUACACUGAAGGCUGACUGUGUCAAUAAACCUUUUCACCAAAGAUGCCAAGACCUUAGCAGAAUAAUUGAAGAUUUUCCUGCAAAGGAACUGCAUGCCAUCUUUCCAUGGUUAGUAGAGCAGGUGUUUGGCAGUCUAGAUGGCAGCAUUGUGGGCUGGAACCUAAGAUGCUUACAGGAGAAGACUACCCCUCUGGAAUUCCACGCUGCUUUGUUUUUUUUAGAUCCUAGCGGGGCAAUGAUGAAAUUAGUUUACAAACUUCAAGCAGAGGAAUACAGAUAUGAUUUUCCUAUAUCAUUCUUACCAGGUCCUGUGCGUUCAUCUAUACAGGAGAGAGUCUUGCCCAAGUGUCCUUUCUAUCAUAACAAGAUCCAGUUUCCAACCACUGGUGGACUAAGUCCACAUUUAUCUCUUAAUGCAUUUGAGUAUUUUACGUUCCACUUUGCCAUCUUCUUAAUCAUACAGAGGAACUUUAUCACAGGACAAGUAUGCAACUACUCUGAUAACGUUUACUACAUCUUGGUGGAAAAAUACCUAAACUGGUUCCUUCCUAUAGAUGGAAAUGUCCCACCUCCUCUUUUCUCCAACCUUGGUGGAGCUGUGCCAUCACCUGCACCUAGAUCCCCAUCAAUUUCAUUAACUUCGUAUGGGACUAACCCCAGUCUUUUGAAGAGACACAUUUCCCACCAGCACCUGGUGAAUGCAGACCCUGCCGCUCAGGAAAUAUGGAGGUCUGAAACCUUAUUGCAGAUAUUUGUAGAAAUGUGGCUUCACCAUUAUUCCCUUGAAAUGUACCAUAAAAUGCAGUCUCCGCAUGCCAAGCUGGAGGCGCUUCACCACAGGCUCAGUGUGUCCAGUACUUCCUACAUUAGUCCUGCUCUGCCCGGGUCCUUCCAUUCAUACCAAGAGUCUUUUCAGCCCACAGAAGAACAUGUCUUGUUGGUGAGAGUUCUUGUGAAACACCUGCACGCGUUUGCCAAUAGCCUGCGACCUGAGCAGUCAUCCCCUUCUGCUCACUCUCAUACGCCUAGUCCAGUGGAGGAGUUAAAAAGAGUUGUUAUCUCAAGAUUUAUUCAACCGAAGCUGUACAUCUUUCUGCAACAUUGCUUUGGCCACUGGCCACUGGAUGCCUCCUUCAGAGCAGUACUGGAGUUGUGGCUGAGUUACGUGCAGCCGUGGAGAUAUGUCCCUGAGAGACCAUCUUCACCUCUUGGCAGUGAACCACAGAUCCGUGUAGUCUCUGAAAAAUGGGCACCUUUUGUGCAGGAAAACUUGCUUAUGUACACAAAACUGUUUCUUCGCUAUUUGAACCGUGCCAUCCGUUGUGAUCUUGGCAGCACUAAGAAUGCACUAAUGCUUUUCAGAGCAGUAAAAGUUAUUUCUCAGCCCAAUCUACCUGACAUGAUCCAGAAAGGUGAGCAACUACUUCUAGAACCAGAACCUGUCCUGCCCCACCGGCAGCACCGACUUCUUAUGUCCCCAAGCCUUGGGGGAAGCUUUCUUUCAUCCUGGCAGCCGCCAAUUACAGAUGCUUCGUUCAAGAUCAAGAGCCAUGUGUACAGCCUUGAGGGGCAGGAUUUCCAGUACACACAAAUGUUUGGUAGUGAGACAAGGAAUUUGGUUCUUCGUCUUGCUCAAAUGAUCAUACAAGCCAAGCAAUCUGCUAAAUCCCUCUCUGACCAGUAUCCAGAUACAGGCAGCCAGACACUUUUCUCUUGGUUUGGGUUAAAUAGUCAAGAUCAGAACAACACUUACACAGGGAAUGACCUGGACGAGGCAGGAUAUGAUAGUGUCCGGAAAACAGACGAACACCUGGAAAAAGCACUGGAGUAUCUCUGUCAAAUUUUCCGGCUGAAUCCUGCCCAACUCAAUCAGCUUACAGUAAACCUUGGGAAUGCACAGGAUGAAAGCCAGAAGAAUCAACUGCCAGACUUCAUACAAAAUGAAAAUGGUGUUUACCUGACCCCACUUGGCAAACAACAGAUAAUAAAUGGAUUACGCAAGUUUGACAUACAGUACAGUGGGGAUCCUGAGCUCCAGCCAAUCCGUAGCUAUGAGAAUGCUACGCUGGUGCGAUUCCUCUACCAGCUUUCUAGUGUUUUAAAUGAAAGGUUUGGAUCUACAAUUACAUCACUAUGCAGAAGACAGGACUUUCUGGGAAGGUUUUGUAGUUACCAUCUGAUCAACAGACCCACUGCAAAGAGAAUGAGCCCCAUGCCUUCCAGUAGUACCUAUGACCCCACAGUUCCCCGAAUAAGUCUGCGAUUAUUUGCCAGUUAUCGAGUCCUAAUGUAUUUGUUCCUUUUCUACUUCAUGUGUGGCAGCAUGCUGUCUAUGGGACCGGUUUCCUGUACACUCUUUCUUUUUUGUGUGUAUGUCUUUUAUGCAGCUGUCAUGACUUUACUCACUGAACAUCGGAGGCCACACCAGGACUGAUAUUAUGCAUAAUUUUUUUUAUAAUUAUUUUUUUAAUGCCGUAGACAAUGUGUUUUAAUGGGCUAAAAAGAAAAAAAAUUAUAACAAUGCUCAAUUAAAGUCAAUGCUUUAUAUAAUUUUCCGGUCUGCUUUUGAAUUGGCUAAAUGGUCGGACAGAUUUCUGUCACAGUUCUCUGUGUGAAAAUCUACAGGAGUAGAAUAAUUCCUUAGAGUAGCAGAUCUAUGGAAACUAUCGAAAUAUAUUUGUUGCCUAUAGCUACUGAUGGAACUAUGCUUCUGUUCUGCAUGUGUGGAUUUUGUUGCUGGUUUGUAUGCCAUUCGACCACACAUUUCAUUGACUUGCAUUGGGUGAAACACACACCAUCCUUUUGAGACUUUGGAUGAAAAAAAAAGUUAUUUAAUAAUGUAGCUAAUGAACACAAUUAAAGCCUAAUGGGUUUUAUGGGACUUAAACCAAUACUCUUUGAUUUGUGGGUUGCCAAGACCCAGCACCCCUGCCCAAUUCCCAGUGAAUGGAGCUGGAAGGAGACAGCUCUGUACAUUGAUCGUGCUGGGUUACUGCAGCUCAGCUCCAAUGGCAGCAAAACUGCCUGCCUCAGUUAUUUUUUUUUCUUUUACUAUAUAUGCCAGCACCACAGCUCUGGCAAACAGCAGAUUGUCAUGUGGCAGCAGCCCACCGAUCAAAUAUUGAUUGCGUAGCCUGAGGAUAUGUCAUUAAUUUAUCUACUCAAUCACCAGAGGUUUAGAGAAUUUUAGAAUAUGUUGGUUUAGCCCCACAACACUCAAAAGUCUAUAAUGGUGGCAUUGUUUGUGUGUUAUGUGCCUUUGUCCACUAAACAUAAACUAAUGCCCAAAAAACUAUUUAACUACUGCCAAAGACAUAAUA